AUGGCGUCGCUUCUACUCGGAGCUCCUCCGCGAGUCACCGUCGCAUUACCUCUAUCUUCACCUUCUUCGCGGCUAUCAUCGUCCCAAUCCGAAACUGCUGGUGUUUCUCUAUCUUGCUUCACUCAGCAGCUGUCUCUCUCCGCUUCGUCUUCUUCCAGCUCAAUUCCACUCGUGUACUGUGGCCGAGGCGACCGCAAAACAGCAAAAGGAAAGCGUUUCAAUCACUCAUUCGGGAAUGCGAGGCCACGAAACAAGAAUAAGGGAAGAGGGCCGCAGAGAGUACCGGUCCCUCCUGCACCUCCGAGGAAAGAUAAGUUUGAGAACGACGAGAAGAUCAAAAUCGACAUCGACGAGUCUCUCUUCUCCAAUUAG